UUCUGACACGCCAAACCAAAACCCCUUCUCUGGAUCGUCGAGGACAAGUCAAUUGAGGCCAAAUACAUGCCAGCGGUACGUGCCAGUGGUACCUACGGUGCCCGCGGCUACCCCACCCAUUGCAACCACACAUGCUGCCUGGACCCCUCGCUGCCUGACCAGCUCCUUAGGUAAUCUGACUGUGCGUGUGAUCGGGGAGGUGAUGCCGUCUGGCCGCCCCGUCUACGCCCCGUCGCCCUGUCCACCCAAACCUGAGCCUCCCUCGCGCCUCGCAACCUGCCCGUGAUUGAGCCUGAUUGUGCGCGAACCAGCUGGUCCCCAAUAUUGAAACCCACCACUUGCCUGCCUGCUGCUUGCCGCUGCCCGCCCGCCUGUGCCGCACUACCCCUCAGCUCCCUCCGAUCCAUCUUAUCCCUAGUCUUAUCCCUAGUCUUUGUGGCCUGUCCGCCGUCUGAGAAGUUGGCAGCCAAGCGUCACGAGAGAUUACAGGAGACGGACGUGAGAGCGAGCGACGCGAAUCUACCGCAGCUCCGCGAAGCCAGAUUGGCCGUCAGCCGCAUCGCCUUUCUCGUCAUCGACAUCCCCACCCUCACUCAGCAGCCUCUCCUCCAACAGCCGCGUCUUUACUUGAAUCUCAGCUCAGUUAGGCGACAGUAGCGCCCCCGUUUUCUCGGGUGUGCUUCGCUAUAGUCCACCGGUAACCCGCCACCCCGGGCAGCCGCCCCAGCCGAAUCGCCACGCUGGCGCCUCCAAGACAAGGGGCCAGGGGCGCAAUGCCCCGGUCCAGUUUUGCAGAGAACCCGUUGCUGAGAGUAUCCAGGCCUGUCUCGGCCUGCUCAAGAUGUCGCUCUGCAAAAGUCAAGUGUGAUGGGAAGCUCCCGGCAUGCACCGCCUGUGAGAAGGCCGGCCGUGAGAACGAGUGCUCUGCUGCCAACGACCAGUUCGCCCGUGGCAAGGAGCGAAGCUAUGUCGCCGCCCUGGAACUUCGUGUUGAGAAACUCGAGAGGCGUCUCAAGUUUGCCAAGUCCAGGAAGGCGUCCAUGGCUCUGCACGACAUGGACCUUCCGCCCUCAGCUGCCGACCGCAAGGACUCGCUGGCCAACAUCCAGGCCGCCAUGUACCGCAAGGCUGCCCGGCAUCGUGAGAACUCGGACGUCAACGCCCUGGUGUCUGAUUUUGGCUUUCUGUCGGUGAACGCAACCACGCAGGACUUUGAGCCUUCAGUCAGCAACAUGACCUUUGCUCGCCUCCUGCUCGCUGCUGCCAUCAUGGAUCCGCUCCCUGAGCCCAUGUCGGAAGGACCCCCACCUCGGCAAGUUGCCGAGAUGCUCGUCAAGUACUACCUCACGCACAUCUACUCCCUCUACCCCUUCUUUGCCGAUUUUAGCGUGCAUUCGAGCCUGGACAAUCUCUAUCAGGACGGGCGCCGACUGGCCAAGCACCCAGACUGCUGGCUCCUGUACAUGAUCUUUGCCAUUGCUUCAGCCGCUCAAAGCCGCACCCUCCAUGACGACUUCUACCGCAACGGCGUCGAGUUCGUGGGACAGGCCAUGAGAUUCGCCGACCGAGCCUUGAUGCCGGGCAAGGAGACCCAGAUUCGCUCCCUGAUCCUCCUCACACAGUACUCCAUGUUUGACCCAGCGCAUUUCGACAGCUGGCACCUGAUCGGCUUCACUGCCCGCGCCAUCGUCGACCUCGGCUUCCAUCAAGACCCCCCUGCGACAGAGCCCAUGGACAAGGACAAACUGAACCUGCGCCGCAAGAUAUUCUACUCGGUCUACGCCCUUGACAGGUCCAUCGGUAUGGUGAAUGCCAGGGCAUUCUCCUUCACCGACGACGCCAUCAAUGUCGCCUUGCCUAGAAUGACGGGUCUGGGUAGGAUCCCCUCGAUUUCGGGACCCAUCACAGGUCCGCAGUCGGCCGACCCGGCCAUCUUGCUAUUCCAGCUGCGCCAGACGCAGUCACACUGGUACCAGACCCUGGUGCAGUCGGAUCCUUCCGAGCCGCUCCAGGACGCGCAAUCGUACAUCUGGCAAAUGUGCCACGAGAUGCGCGAGUGGUUCGAAUCACUACCUGACAUGCUACCAACCGACAUCCGAUGCAUCUUCGACCUCGAGCUCAAGUACAGCUACGUCUAUUGCAUUGCACCCAGUAGCCGGGCGCCUAUCCUCACUGCGCACGGAACGGUGCUCAUAUUCGAGUACGCCAUUGCGUAUAUGGAGGCACUCCACGCCCUCGUAGUUCAGGCACCAUCCGGCGGGGCUAUCCAGCAGCAGCAGCAGCAGCAGCAGAAAUCUCAGAGACGCGUCCCUUGCCCGCUCCUGACCUAUGACCAGGCACUGAGAGCGUACUUCAUGGCAUCGCAGUUUCUAGCCGUUAUGCACGAUACCAAAGACACCCUACUCGCAGGCUCCUCGGUACCUGUCCCAAUUCUAACUCCCGGUACUGCCCCACCUCCCCCUAUGCCCGAGAGGCGCGGUGGUGACAACACAGAGCGCAGCCUCGCGUGCCUGGAUAGUGGGGUCGCAAUUCUCAAGACUCUUGGCGAGCGCUGGGCGAUUGCUGCUGUGCUAGGUGCAGACUUUGAGGCCAGGAGCUCCGAGCUUCGCGAGGAGCUGAAGGAGCGGAAGGCGGCAAAAGACGCCGCCAGGCUGGAGCAGCAACAGCAACAGCAGUCACCGCCACCGCACCAGCAGUUGCAGCAACAUCAGCAGUCUCCGCACCAGCAGUUACAACAGCGACAACAGUCUCCGCAUCAGCAGUCGCCUCACCAGCAGCUGCAACAGCGGCAGCAGUCGCCGCACCAGCAACUACAACAACAUCAGCGGUCGCCGCGGCCACAGCAACACCUUCAGCAGCAACACCAGCAGUCGCCACCGCCGCAGAUGCGUGUCAACAUGGCCUCUCAUGCAACACCUCAACCCCACCUUGAGCAACAGUAUCAAUCUCUUCACCAAUCCAUGGUAUCUGGACCUCCCCCUGGCCAUUAUCAACCUCAGACCUCGAUGCCGCCGUCGGAUAGCAUGUCGCAGCCGCCUCCCCAAAAUGGCGCGCAGCCCUUCUCAUCUCCUGUUCCCGGUGUUCAACCCCUGCUCAGAAGCCCAGCGUUUGCCGUCCAGGUACCCCAGGCGCCGCUGCAGCAACAGCCGUUGCCGCCGCUGCCACCCACCCGGGGGCAGCCGCAGCAGCAUCUUCCUGUGACAAUAGUGCCUUCGUAUUCGUCAGCGGAUAUUCAGUGGGCAAAUGUCGACAUCAACGAGAUGAUGCGCCAGGGUGGCAUCUGAGAUGUAAAGGACUGUCGCCGUCCAACCCAGUUUUGUCUUGUUUCUUGUGCUGUAGAAACUAUGUGCUUUGUAUUUGAGCUAGCCUAAGCGAUCUCUACCUUUUUGUUUCUUUUAUUUCCACUACUGAGAUAUGUAUUGUGCAAUUUUACAUUAUCUUGGGCCCUUCUUCUGGCUGAUUCGGAGGUAGGAUAUCGUCACCUAUAAUUUCUGUUGGACAUGCAGCGUGGACAAGAGGCGAGGCUGCGUGAUGGUCAACUCUCCUAAUAAUAUUUAAAGACGGUAAUGUGCAUGCAAGACAUGAGGUGAUGUUCAAUAUGAAAGAUUCAACUAUCUGC